AUGAAGGGCAACUGCGGCAAGAAGAGCGUCUUCAGCCCGGAACUGCCAUGCUCAGUCGACGAGAAGGCAACAGUACCGCAAGAGGCAGGAUUUCGAGAUCUGCUGAUCGCAACGUGUGGUGCAGACUUUGCUGAAGGUCCCGUCUGCUGCACGCAAGCCCAGGUGGAGAAUCUGUCGGCGAAUCUGCAGCAAGCCGAGCCUCUGGUCUCUUCAUGCCCUGCUUGCCGUAACAACUUUCGAUCGCUCUUCUGCUCUUUCACCUGCUCGCCAAACCAGUCGCAGUACGUCGACGUUGUCGAAACACAAGAGGUGACUGACAGUAAUGGCAAGCCGUCGGAAGCCGUCAAGACCGUAGAGUACUACAUCGAUGCCGACUGGAAGCAAAAAUUCUUCGAUAGUUGCAAGGAUGUCAAGUUCGGAGCCAGCAACGGAUUCGCCAUGGAUCUGAUUGGCGGCGGCGCCCAGACUCCAAACGCCUUCCUCAAAUUUCUUGGCGAUGAGAAGCCGCUGCUCGGUAGCCCCUUCCAAAUCAACUUCCCCGAUAUGCGCUCGGAUCGAAGCUUGGACUGGACACAUUCGCCAGCGAAGCGUCUUCGCAAUGAUUCGAUUGCACCGCCGAUCCCCUUCGACCACAACCCGCGACAAUGCGGAGAUCUUGAUCUCUUGUCGCGGUGUGCCUGCGUCGACUGUCCGGAUACCUGCGCGGCACUUCCGCCGCUUCCGCCAUCAAACCAAUCCGGCUCUGCUUGCGCGGUAGGCGCUGUCUCGUGCUUCACCUUUUCAGCUAUUCUUCUAUACUCGCUGCUCGUCGUGCUGGUAUGGUUUUGGCGACCCAUCAUCAACGUCCUGCGCGGCCGCCGUGGCACAAUAGCCCUGCCUCAUCGCACGAGCGGCCUCAGCCUCUUCAGUCAAUCCAGCGGCUUUGAGCGCGUUCGCCUGGACUCCGAAGACUCCCUUGACGGUGUUGAGAGCAGACCGCCUGCCGCUCAACAUAACACGAGCAGCCUAGUCGGAGCAAGAGGUAUCGGUCACUUUGGCGAGGAAAGCUCGUCGAGCUCCGCUCCGGACGGCAUCUACCGCGGCAUAGGGUUGGAGCGCAAUGACAAUCUCUCCGCGCUGGGAGCGCUUCAGCCGCGAAAGUACGCCCUAAACCAACUCUUGACCCGAUUCUUCUAUCGUCUCGGCCUUUUUUGCGCGAGCCAUCCAUGGCUCACCUUCGCAGCAGCGGCUGUAUUUGUCGGUGCCGCCAACAUUGGUUGGAAGGACUUUCAAGUUGAGGUGGACCCGGUUCGCCUUUGGGUAGCGCCUGGCUCGACAGCCAAAAUGCAAAAGGACAUUUUCGAUCAGGAGUUCGGCCCAUUCUAUCGACCGCAGCAGAUCUUCCUCAUGGACCAGCAUUCGUACCAGGAUCUACCUUCACUUCGACACAAUUCGUCCGACGCUCAACUUUCGACCCUUCCGCCUGCGUUGUCGUGGGACAGACUUCUGUGGCUGUCCGAUCUUGAAAAGGCGGUCCGCGAGCUCAAGACGUCGUCAGGAAUCACCUUGCAGGAUGUAUGUCUUGCUCCCGCUGGUCCAGGCACGCCAUGUGUGGUGCAAAGCAUCCUUGGCUAUUUCCAAGACGAUCCGCUGGGCAAUGGACUGGACGCAGACAACUGGGAUCAAGCUCUCGAUCAAUGCGGCGACAAUCCUGUCGAAUGUUUGCCCUCAUUCGGACAGCCGCUCAAGCCUAACAUCGUCUUGGGGGGUGUGCCGCAGGAUGCCCGGCCAAGUCAGGCUCGGUCUGUCGUCGUGACAUACGUUCUGAACAACAGUCUCGAUGGCACCUCCCUUGGAAAGGCAGGCAAAUGGGAACGCGAGCUGCUUGCACUCCUUCAACAAGUAGCCGCUCCUUCGGCGAAAGACGCCGAAACAGAAGACCAGGCAAAAGAAGUUCAUCCGCUGUCAGCGCGACGACAGGAAUUGGGCAUUCAGAUCGCCUUCAGUACUGGCGUCAGCCUCGAAACCGAGAUCGGUAGCAGCAGCAACACCGAUGUGGGCAUCGUGGUCCUCUCAUACUUGACCAUGUUCAUCUACGUGGCACUCACUCUUGGUGGAAGGAGCGGUACAAGGUACGAGGCCGACAGCGACGAUGAAGAGCGCGACUCGCCAAUCGCCGAGCCAGGAUCCUAUCCUCGCAUCAACGCAGCGUCAGCCAACUCGAACAACGGCAGGUCGAGAUUCGUCCAGACCGCUCUUCGUAGAGCCCGUUUGUUCGUCGAUGCCUACUGCGUAUCCUCGAAGUUCAGCUUGGGGCUUUUCGGCAUUGUCAUUGUGCUUUGUUCCGUCUCAUGCGCUGUUGGCAUAUUCAGCGCGAUGGGCGUGAAAGUCACAUUGAUUAUUGCAGAGGUCAUCCCUUUCAUGCUCCUCGCCGUUGGAGUCGACAACAUCUUCUUGCUCUGCAACGAGAUGGAUCGUCAAAACCUUCAACACACACCUGCUAUCGCCGGCAUGACUCGUUCGGCUUCGGAUGCGCCAUCUAUCAGUGCGUCCGGUCAACCGCCGCUCUCUCCCACAGAAGAAGUCGAGGCCAGAGGCGACAUCUUCAUGGAUGCCAGUCUGUCAGCGAGUCCGUCUGCAUCCGUCUCUGUUGAGGAGCGAGCAGCGCGCUGCCUGGCACGCGUCGGUCCUUCCAUCCUGCUCAGCGCUACGACUCAGAUUGUGGCAUUCCUGCUCGGCGCGGUGGUUCCGAUGCCUGCCGUCAGGAACUUUGCCCUCUAUGCUGCAGGCAGCAUGCUCAUCGUUGCAAUACUGCACUGCACUGUCUUCAUUGCGGCAAUGACGCUAGACGCUCAUCGUGUGGAGAGCAGACGCAUCGACUGCUUGCCUUUCCUCAAGGCGACGCCUCGUCAACGUCAGAUCCAGCUCCCCACCGAUGCAGCCACGGCGGCCAAAGACGGCACACUUGAUUCUUUCAUCCGCUACCGCUUUGCGCCCGCUUUGCUGCGGUCCAAUGUCAAGCGGCUGGUCGUGGUAGCGUUUGGUGCAAUUGCUGUCAUCAGUUCCAUCGGGGUCCGAAGGAUCGAGAUGGGCCUCGACCAGCGCCUUGCGCUCCCAUCGACAUCAUACCUGAGGCCUUAUUUUGACGCCAUCGACGUCUUCCUUGACGUUGGUCCGCCCCUAUACUUUGUUGCUGCUGGGGAGGAGGUGUCCGAGCGUCAGGGACAGAGAGACCUUUGCGGAAGAUUCACCACUUGUGAGCCCUUGUCGCUGGCCAACACUCUGGAGGGAGAGCGUCGAAGACCUGAAGUGUCCUGGAUCGCGGAGCCAACCAGCAGCUGGAUCGAUGACUUCCUCCAAUGGCUCAAUCCCAUCCUCGAUGGCUGUUGUCGGGUCAAGACUUCCGAUCCUACCGUCUUCUGUGGCCCUCGCGACAGUCCCUUCUCUUGUCAGCCAUGCUUUGAAGGUCGCGAACCUGCGUGGAACAUCACCAUGGACGGCCUCCCCGAAGGCGACGAGUUCUACCGCUAUCUUACGAAAUGGCUGGAAAGCCCGACGGAUCAAGAAUGUCCGCUCGGCGGCCAAGCGGCGUAUUCCUCAGCGCUCAGCAUCGUCACGAAUCCAGAGACUGGCAAGAAGAGCGUCCGCUCGUCGCAUUUCCGCACUUACUUUGCGCCGCUCAGAUCGCAGUCGGAUUUCAUCAGCGCGCUGAAGCAAUCGCAGCGCAUUUCGGACGAUGUGUCGGAACGCGUCGGCUACCGCGUCUUCCCCUACAGUCUCUUCUUCAUCUUCUUUGAGCAGUACACAUAUCUUAUCUCGAUGGCCGUCCAGGUGCUUGGAUCAGCAGCCAUCGCAAUCUUUGCCAUCAACACGGUGCUGCUCGGAAGCUGGCGUACAGGCGCGGUGGUGACGUUGAGCGUGGCGAGCGCAGUAUUCUUGGUGGCUGGUGCGAUGGGCUUCUGGGGCAUCCAGUUCAAUGCACUGACUCUGGUCAACCUGAGCGUAUGCGCAGCCAUCGGCGUCGAGUUCUGCGCUCACAUUGCGCGUGCUUUCAUGCGUGCACCAGGCGCUCUGCCACGAUCGCAUCCCAUGUCGCAGAAGGAGCGCGACGAGAGAGCCUGGCUUGCUCUCACAGAUGUUGGUGGCGCAGUUGUCAACGGGAUCUUCUCGACCAAGCUGAUUGGCGUCGGCGUGCUCAUCUUCACCAAGUCGGACCUGCUCAAGCUGUAUUAUGCCAAGACGUGGCUCUGCCUGAUCGUGGGAGGCCUUCUGCACGGCUUGAUAUUGCUGCCGGUGCUGCUCAGCUGGCUCGGAGGUCGAGGAUGGUCGAGCGGCGAAGACGAAUCGGAUGUCAAGCGUCGCCUGAACCGCGCCGGGUCUGAGUAUCGACCGAUGAUGACGUCAGAGCCAGGGGAAAGUGACGACGAAGAAGACAUCUGA